AUGUUCAGACCAAUUGCUCGUAUAUCAUCAAGAAGAUUAUUUUCAAUCACACCAAAAAGAUCAAAUUUAAUUGGUGAUUUAUAUGUUCAAAACAUUAGACAAUUUAAACCAAAAGCUUUAUCACAAGAAGAAAUUGAUUCAGCAGUAAAAAAAUUUCAAUUACCAGGUAAACCAACCAUACCUCAAAUUCAUGAAUUAUCAAGUGAAAAUGUUAAAGAAUAUGAAACAAAUGAUGUAAAUACUGCUGCUUAUGAUAAUGAAAAAGUCGAUACUACUGAAAAUACUAAACCUGAUAAUGAUGAUUGGUUUGUUUUUGAUGAAGUUGAAGAAGCUGGUCAUUAA